GCCUCGAGUAGUGUCCAUACUGACAAGGCAGAUUGGCCAGGUGGAGGGUCCCUGGACACCAGGCUUCAGGGACGGGUCUACCGAAUGGGGAGAUUUCGUAUAUGAUAAUGGAUACACCAAGGGUCCUUUGAUAAUCCAUCACCGCUAUUAUUUGCCUGUCGGCUGCCCUCCUUGUACAGAAACGGGGAACAGUUAUAAUCACUAUCACGAUUGUCAUGCUAAUGGACAUUUCGAAAGGAUUUGAUCCAACGCAUUGGACUAACAAAGCUGCGCCGAAAGAGGGAAAAAAAAAAGAAACAUCUACAAAGGCUGACCCGGAAUUUAGUGACUUAUGCUCCAUACGGUAAUACUUUCUUUCCUACUGUUUCUUUUCCUAUUCAUAUGACCAGCUUACUUUUUCCGUUGACUUUCCACUCAUAACUACGGAACUGGGCACAUACCACGAUUUGAUAUCAUCGGCCGUUAGCUGGCAAGAAUAGAGGCAUUUUGCACCCUUGACCAAUGAGCUUGAAGUGAGACAUGGCAGCAUGCAUAUCUGCGCCAUAAUGAAAGUCCCUUUUGGGGACAACUAACUCUCAUCUGAUAACUCCAACGUAUCAACCAAAAUAUUUAUACUUGAAGUAUGUACGGCGAUGUUUGGGUUCCGACUGCGGGACCAUGGAUGGCAGGUUGGCCAAGAGAUUGAUCUCUCCCCAUCUACUAACUAACUUCUUCGAGUUACAAAAAUGCUAGGACAUGAGGCAGCAAGCGCCGUCUGAUCGCCUCCGCGAAUAGAGCUGUCAUAUCAUAUUUUGAGAACAGACACUUGGGAAGUCAAGAGUAAACCCGACCUGACAGCUCAUUUGUUUUUUUUUUCUUUUCUCUCGUUUUGCCUCCAUACUAGUGCUCAUUCGCCAAAUUCGGUCUCAAAUUCCGACCUCUUCUUUUCCUGUCCCUUCGAUUAGCCAGAGGCACCGAAUUCCAAUGGCUUCAAGUCCUGCGGCCGGGCAUGGUUCGAAUUCAAAUCCUGAUAAUGGGGACUACAGGAAAAGGACAACGAGCACUUCCGCUGCCCUUCAAGGAGCAACUCUGGCGUUCGCAUCACAAACACGCCAAAAACAGCCACGGAACAGCGGGAGCCCAGAGAGAAGGAUACCGCAGCCCAGGCAGCCAGCAGGGCGAGCUGUCCAUGAUGGAGCUCGACGAGCAGCUCUGAUUGCGGACGCCGCUGCAGCCCACAAUCGGGCCAGUACUGGUACUGACGAGGGUGAUGAUGAACAUCCUGUUUCAACAGAUACCGGGGCAGCUGUGAAAGACAGGAUUCAGCUCUUUGCUCAUCCAACUAGUAGUGGCGGAGGUUCUACCGCAGGAAAAAUUCGAGUUCCACAACUUGCCGAGUCUAUGGAGACUGUAACCUCGGCCCAGAACAACGACCAAACGGCCUAUAGAAAAGCCAGCAUAAAUGCUACCAUAGUGACGCAGCCAAAAAUAGGACCAGAAUACAACACGCAGCGCAUUGCAGCUAAACUUGCUGUGGAUAGAUCUGCUGCGGGCUCCAAGGCAAGAUCAGGGUCCCCGUCCCGGGCCGCCACUGAUGCUACGAUAAGCUCACCGCGAGCCAGGGAAUAUCAAGAGUUUAUUACACAUGAGGCCCAGCGUGUCCCAAAUUCGCUAGCUACCCGUGAAGAAAUCGAUAUAAGUACUAUCGGUACGAUCUCGAGGAGGGACAAAGGCAAUGCACCUCCAGAUUCAGAUGCGCCCGAUGCAGGACAGCUCUCAGCUGCACAAAACAUGCCAACACAGCAGAAAUAUGGAGCCAAUACCCCCCCUCCGCUACCGAACAGCCCACUACGAUCCCAGCACUCUGGUGUUUCCGAGAGUGCGUUGGCCGAUGCAAUCGCAGCGUCAACACUGGCAUCACGCCGCACUCCGUCCCCGUCCAAAGAUCAUAGCAGCAACAGUAGCAACCCUCCCCCGCUACCGCCUAGUCGACGAUCAAGAUCUCGCUCGUUUCUGCAAGUUAGCCACAGUGGCAACAGGAGCGACCGGCCAGGAAGGGGAGACAAUGGCAAAAGCCCCAGGACACCCAGCCCCAACAAGACGACGACCAUGAAACGGACAAUGCGAGCCCCCGCCCUCUCUGACCCGGACUUUGCAGCCGGUGAGAUACAUCGAAGCAAGGAACACGGCCGGAAAAUCAUCCGAACGCACCCGCAUAAGCAUCGGGAAGGCGAUCGCAAGCGCUGGCGUGACAGGGUGACUGCAUCGGAGAAGAAGCGCUACGAAGGGGUGUGGGCCGCGAACAAAGGCCUGUUCGUAGGCGUGCAUGAACAGAUCAACAUCAAGGAUAGAUCUGUUAUCCUGGAGGAGACUGUGUCAAGCAUGGUGGUCCGGGACAUCUGGACUCGGAGCAGGCUACCGACGCAGAUGCUGGAACAGAUCUGGAAUACCGUCAGCCACCAUGCAUAUGGGCUGCUGUCUCGGGAGGAAUUUGUCGUAGGGAUGUGGUUGAUCGACCAGUGUCUGAAAGGGCAUAAGCUGCCCGUCAAAGUAUCACAGAGCGUAUGGGACAGCGUGAGAGUGGUAUCCUCAGGGGCAGCCAGAGGCCACUGA